GUAUCGUAGCGACAGAUGCUUGACCGAUGGCUGACCAAUCACCAACCGUCACCCUCGGUAACUCCUCCUCCUCCUCUUUGUCCUCUUUGUCCUCUUUGUCCUCCAGCCGUCUACAACUAUGACUCCACCAGGGGGCAGGAGCUGUGUCUACAGGUGGGGGACACCGUCCACAUCCUGGAGAAACUGGAAGGCUGGUACAGAGGCUACGCUCUCCGCAAGAAGUCCCUCAAGGGCAUUUUUCCUGCUUCCUACAUCCACCUGAAGGAGGCGACGGUGGAGGGAUCGGGCCAACAGGAAGUCGUCGUUCCAGCUGAUCUCCCUCUGGUUCAUGAACUCUCGGCGACUCUGAGAGAAUGGGCCCAGAUUUGGCACAAACUCUUCGUGUCCAACAGGAGCAGCCUGUUCAGGAGCGUCCAGCAGAUGGCGUACAGCCUGAUGGAGUAUCGCUCCCAGAUCGUGUCGGGAACGCUGCCCAAGGACGACCUGGUGGAGCUGAAGAAGAAGGUCACCGCCAAGGUCGACUACGGCAACAGGAUCCUGGGUCUGGACCUGGUGGUGAGAGACGAGGCGGGAAACGCCCUGGACCUGGACCAGACCAGUACGGUCAGUCUGUUCCGCGCCCACGAGACGGCGUCCCGCAGCGUCGACGACAGAAUCCAGGAGGAGAAGACCCGACUCCAGAACCUGGAGUCGAGGCGUCAGACUCUGUUCAGCACCGUUCACACCUACAGUUUGCUGAUGAACCUGAAGAACUUUGUGUGCAACAUCGGAGAAGACGCCGAGCUGCUGAUGUCACUGUACGACCCCGACCAAUCAGAGUUCAUCAGGUCGGCUCCAUGCUUGAACAAACACACACACUGGUUUUUUUUUAAAAGAUUUUACUUGUCUGUUUUUUUUUUUUUUUUGAGGGGGGGGGCACGCACCUCCUCACACCAUACCGCCCCCUGCUGGUUGUCCUUGGACUUUGUUUUAUAUGUUAUAUUUGUGUCUUUCCAGGACUUGAGCAGCGGCGAGUUGAUGCGGCAGCGUCUCUUCCUGGUCUGUCAGAUCGUCAGGGUGGGCAGCAUGGAGCUGAAGGAGGGCAAGAAGCACACGGGGGGGCUGAGGAGGCCGUUCGGAGUCGCCGUGAUGGACAUCACCGACGUCGCCCAGGGGAAGACGGACGACGAGGACAAACAGCACUUCAUCCCCUUCCAACAGAUCGCCAUGGAAACGUACAUCCGUCAGCGGCAGCUCAUCAUGUCGCCGCUCUCCCGGGUCAGCGGAGAGAACGAGCCGCUCACCGCCGUCUUCAACAAAGUCAUCGCCACGCGGGAGGUCAAUCAUAAAGGCCAGGGGUUGUUCGUGACCCUCAAACUUCUCCCGGGGGAUCUGGCCCAGGUCAGGAAGGACUACCCGCACUUUGUGGUCCGCAGCACGGCCGUGGUCCGGAAAAUGGGCUUCCCCGAAAUCAUCUUACCAGGGAACGUGAGGAACGACAUCUACGUCACCCUCGUGCAGGGGGAGUUCGACCGGGGCAAAAAGAAGACGCCCAAAAACGUGGAGCUGACUCUGACGGUUCACGACGACGAGGGCAAUUACGUGGAGAAAGCCAUCUUCCCGGGGGCGGGCUACGAGGGCGUGACGGAGUACCACUCCGUCAUCUACUACCAGGUGAAGCAGCCGUGCUGGAACGAGACCGUCAAGGUGACCAUUCCGAUCGAAGACGUCUGUCGCUGUCACCUCCGAGUCAUGUUCCGACACCGGUCGUCCCAAGACUCUAGGGACAAAUCGGAGAAGCCUUUCGGAAUGUCCUUCGUCCGCCUGAUGAGAGGCGACGGGACCACGCUGAGGGACGGAAGACACGAUCUCAUCGUGUACAAGGUGGACGUGAAAAAGACGGAAGACGCCAAAGUUUACCUCGCCCAGCCGGCCACUUGGGGCGAGGCGGAGGAGAGGGAGAGGCAGACGGGGAAGCAGUUCCAUCCUACGGGGAUGAUCCCCGUGACUAAGGACAGCUUCCAGUUGGCCACGCUCACCUGCUCCACCAAGCUGACGCAGAACGGUACUGCGGGAAAGAAAGUGGACGUGAAAAAGACGGAAGACGCCAAAGUUUACCUCGCCCAGCCGGCCACUUGGGGCGAGGCGGAGGAGAGGGAGAGGCAGACGGGGAAGCAGUUCCAUCCUACGGGGAUGAUCCCCGUGACUAAGGACAGCUUCCAGUUGGCCACGCUCACCUGCUCCACCAAGCUGACGCAGAACGCUGUUAGCUGCUUCACUUCUUCACUGACUGUAAAAUAUCAUGUGAUAGUCCAAAGUAUUUCUGUGUGUACUACUGCAGUAUUUCGUCAGUCCAGUUGUUUCUUCAACUUCCUUCUUCUUCUUCUUCUUCUUCUUCUUCUUUUCGUUCAGGUUUUUAUCAUCACGCUCAUCGGUGACAUUAAAUUCCAGCACUUCAACCCGGUCCUUGAAACCUACAUCAACCAACACUUCAGCGCCACCUUGGCUUACACGAAGCUAACCGGCGUACUCAACUACUACGUUAGCCACGCGGAGGAGCCAGACCUGACGGAGCGUCUCUUCGCGGCGCUCAAGGCUCUGAAAUACCUCUUCAGGUUCAUCGUCCAGUCCCGGGUCCUGUAUCUGAGGUUCCUGUCCUUCAACGCCCUGAUGGACAGACCGCUGGACGAGGGCGUGAAGAUCAAGGGGGCGAUACUGAAGUACCUGCCGAGCAUCAUCAACGACGUCCAGACUGUCUUCGACCCCGUGGAGCUCAGCGUCCUCCUCACGAAGUUCAUCGAGAGCAUCCCCGACGCCCAGCUGGUGCGACAGAAACUGGGCUGCAUGGUCAAGAUGGUGGAGAGCGACCUCUUCUGGCAGCCAGAUUGUCGGGACGUCCUGCUGCCGCUGGUGGCCGACCAGCUGAGUGGACAGCUGGACGACCGCUCCUGUCGGUCGGACUACGAGGCCUGUGUCCAGCUGCUCAGCACCGUGUUGGACCACCUGGACCGCAAGGACGUGGGUCCGACCCGGGGCCACGUCCAGCUGAUCAUGGAGCGACUUCUCCGCCGGGUAAAUCGCACCGUCAUCGGCAUGGACAGAUCGUCGCCUCUGAUCGGCCACUACCUAGCCUGCAUGACGGCCAUCUUGAAGCAGAUGGACGACCUGCACUACGCCCACUACAUCGGAACCUUCAAGACGCGACAGGACAUCGUCGUAAGUGGGGUCGGAGGUCGGAGGUCGGACAGGAAGUCAAGGCUGCAGCGCCGUGCUAACUUUCCGAUAUCUGUGUUGACAGUUUUUUUUGUAAAAAAAAAAAAAAAAAAAAAAGGGGCAGUAAUGUGCCCGCUAGAGAUCAACGAAGAAGAGAAGCUGCGGGUGUUAGCGUACGGAGACAUGAGGAAGUCCGUGGGCUUCAAGAUGCGGGACAUGUGGUACAACCUGGGUGAGUGGUCCUCUCAGNNNAUCCCGGCCAUGGUGGGACCGAUCCUGGAGGUCACCCUGGUCCCCGAGCCUGAACUCAGGAAGGCUACGAUCCCGAUCUUUUUUGACAUGAUGCAGUGCGAGCACAACUUCAGCCCCGGGCGCACGUUUGAAAAGUUUGAAAACGAACUGAUCACCAAACUGGACCAGGCCGUGGAGGGAGGUCGCGGAGACCAGCAGUACAAGGUGUUGUUGGAGAAAACGUAAGUCGGAAUCGGAGUCGGAAUCGGGCGAUCGGACCCGAGGGAGUUCCAGAAAUGACAAUAUUCAAUUUUU